AACAUGAAAUUUCAAACUUUAUUUGUCAUAAAGAUUUAUGCAAGUCAAACAAAAAUGUUGUCAAACGCUCCCAAACGAAGAAUGGCGACAGUAACGGCAAAUUAGGGUUUCAAUGAUUUUUCACCGAUGGAAUCCGGGAAUCGAUAUGGAGGCUUCCAUUCAAAUUGUACGGUAUCAAGAGGUUGGAUUGAGGAAGAUAAGAAAGCAAGAUGGGGAUCGGAGAAGAUUGGGGUUAGUGGAAUCACGCGGAUCCAUUUCGGAUCUGGAAGAGAGAGAUUUACCAGUUGGAGGAAAUCAUCAAUUCCUUCAAUAAGGAUCUGGAUAUCUGUCAUCUUCAAGGCAAUAUCGCAGAUCUUCAGAGGUAUGGGUUCAGUUAAUCUCAAGAUAAGAUUUUGGAAGAUUGAAACGAAGUAUAAAGGGAUAAAUAGGAGAUUUCCUCAUACUAUUGUAAGGAAAAGUCAGUUGAUUGGUAUGGCCGGAGACGGGAAGAAUGGUGAGGGCAACCGCAAAAGACUGAAGGUUUAUGUUCCCCACUUCGAUAAUUCAGAGAUCAUCAAGAACUACUCAAAACCUUUGGUUGGGACGGGCAUGAAUCCAGUGAAACAGGAUAUCAAGGCGUUGAUUGUGAUGCUUCCGAAAAUCUGGAAGAUUGAAGACCGGGUUGCUGGGGUUGAUUUGGGGCAUGGCAAGUUUCAGUUUGACUUUGAAAUGGAGGAAGACAUUGAAGUGGUGCUGAGGAUGCAACCUUAUCACUUUGACUAUUGAAUGAUUGCGUUGGCUCGAUGGCAACCAAAGAAGGCGCACAACUUCCCUGCCGAGAUUCUUUUCUGGGUACGUGUGGUGGGAGUCCCUUUGGAGUUCUGGGCGGCUCCCUCCUUUGAGAGUAUUGGUGAUGCGAUUGGAAGAACAUAAGAGGUUGAUCUGGACUUUGGUCGAGUGAAGGCGGUGAUUGAUGGUUUCAAGGAGCUCAGUUUCGAGACCACGGUGAACUUCACAGGAGGUGAGUUCUAUGAUGGAGAGGAGGAGACACCGGUUUUGUUGAAGUACGAAAAGCUUUUUGGUUUUUGCAAGACGUGCUUUAGUCUUUGCCAUGAUUGGGAGGUGUGCCCGCUGAAGGAGAAGAGCUCGGAGAAGACGGGAGAGGAAGGUAUGAAGAACUCAGAAGGAAGGUAUGAAGCAGGACUUCUGGAGGAUCGGGCUCGAAGCUACAAAGGGGUUGUCAUCAAUGGCAACUCAGGACAGCAAAACAAGGAAAGAGAUCACCGAGAGUACCAGGGAAAGGGAAAAGGCAAGAUGUUCGAGGAAUCUGGAUCAUAAUGGGUGAAACGGGCUGAGAGAGAUACCAAGAGAUACAACAGUUACAAUGGGGGACACAGAGGAGAUGAAGGAGGAUCCCGGCACAGGAGCAAUCACUGGGAGGCGCCUAGAGCUCAGGAAGAUCGUGUUAGGUUCUCUCGUGGUCUGAGAAGAGAGAGAAUCCCAUUGGGUAGAACACGGGAGGAGGCACGUGAAGAGGCACGCGAAGAGGGAGAAGUUCGGAGUCAAGGACAUAGGGUUUCUCAGAAGGAAGACAUGGUGUUGAACUCGUCACUGCCAUCAUUAGCUUUUCAGGCGCAACUUGCACUGACUCAGGCGGAUCCAAAGGAGGUGCUGACCAAUCAAUUGGAAGGGGCAAAUGGCUUAGAUUCAAUUCACGAAUCAGUGGAGGAGAUGCGGUUCUUGAUAAAGUAAUUCAGGAGGGGAGCAUUGAGGAGCUUGAGAAUGAGUUUCAGAAUCUCACAGAUGAGGAGCUUGAAGCAGAUCGUAAGGAAAAGGAGAAUGGAGUUGACGUUCUAGAAGAGGAAAAGCAGGGUGAUGAAGCAGUGGAGAAGGAUCAGAAUGCUGAGAUUUGGUGAAGAAACAGGGGGGGGGGCGCAAAAAGCUUUACAAACCAACGGUCGCAGCUGGAGAAGCUCCCAUGAUGAGAAUGGUGCAGGCGGCCCGCAAACGUGCAGCAGCAAAAGCGGGAGCUAAACAGAUGGAGGAGAAGGGUACAUCAAACCCCAAGACAGGACCACCGAAACCUUAAUUUUUAUGGAUUCAAACCACCUAGUUGAGAGGCUUCACAAGCAGGAUAUGAUUAUGGGUUAUGAUUUAUGGUUUUCAUAUGGUUCAAUAAGCUUCUUGAGCAUUUUGUUUUGUCUUUUAUUAGGGUCUGCUCUGGUUUUUAUUUCUUUAUGUUUCUGCCGGUGGUCCUCAAUUUAUUUUGUUAUGCUUAUGCAGUGGAAUAAAAUUUAUAUUUGGGAUUGUUGGUUCUGGUAUAGUUGUUUGGGUGUGUUGUUGGUGUUCUGGAAUCGAUGGAUAUCAUUUUGGCUGGUUCAAA